AUGAUAAGGAGCUGUCUAGCUAUUAAUAAACACAAACUUUGUGUUGUUAGUAGGUUGAUUCAAGGUUCUUCUUCCUCUUCUUCUUCAUCAUCAUCAUCACUUUAUUAUACUCCAUCAACAUAUUUAUCAUCAACUUCAACAUAUGCUUCAUCAAAUUACUCAGCAACAUCAUCAUAUUAUCAACCAGUAUAUAUAAAAAGUAGAGAUCCUUUUAAAUUAUCAUCAUCGAAUAAACAGAACAAAAAUGGGUACCCAGACGUAGCAGACAAUUUCGAUACAACUGGUGUUGAUAGAUCUUUUGUACCAUUUCAAGAUACAUCUACUAUAUUUAAACAAAAAGAAGGAGAAGAGAACUACCAAGAAGAUAAAACCAAUUUGUCAGGUGUCAAUGUAUCAAACGUUCGAUUCCCAAAACCAAAGAGAUGCGAACCACUAGACAAUAUCUUUUCACUAACUCCUGUCGAAUUAUAUGAAUCAUUAGUUGAAAAGUUUGUACAUAGUCAUGAAUUUACUACAGCAGAAUCAGAUCAUUUGGUAGAUCAAGUUGCAGGAAUGAUUUACCAACAACCAGACAGAGUAAAUGAAUAUAGUCCGAUUAUUACAUUGUUCCUUCAUCACUUUGUGCUACAAGAAGAGAAAUUGGCAAUGUUGACCGUUUUGACGUCAUUGUGCUCGCGAUGCGGUCUUGCACCACAACAAGAGGCAUUUGAUAUUGUGUAUCAGUUCUUGUCGGAAAGAGAUUUUGAUGGCAUUGCACAGAUCCAUUCACCAGUAUUUUUGCAAUCGUUGUUGGAGCGAUCGGCCAGAGACAACAACCUUGAAUGGUUGGAGACGUGGCAACCACCUGGACCACGUACAGUGGCCUUGCCAUUGGUCUACAACCAAGUCACCAACCGAAAGGAUUUGUACAAUGCAUUGAUUGAAAAGGUGUUUGUGCGUAUGGACCGAGCAUACGUUCAAAGAGUCAUAGAAAAGGUCAUCACCGAGUACAUGUUGAUUGAGAAUGCCCAACCAAUGGCAUUGGAAUGGUAUUGCAAGUUGAUCACUGGCCUAAACAUAACACCCAACCUCAACACGCUGCUCGUCCUCAAACAAGACAACGACGAAUCUGCAGAGUACUGGGAUCACAUUAAAACAAACUAUGUCAUUGGAACACCGAUUCUCGAGCGAGAGAAUAAAGGAGGAAGGGACUUGCUCGACAAGAUCACCUCCUCGUACAGAUACAUCAAGACCGAGACUGACAAUCAACUGGAAGAAAACAUAAUUAAUUUCGAUCAACAAAAGAUGGUCGAUAUCCUCAAAACCGAAUACUUUGCCAAAAAUAGAAUGCCAUCGGGCAACCUUCUCAUCAGGGCCUCUAUGGUCUUGUUCAAUCGUCGACCAAACUACUAUCUCUACCACUUUACACCAAAAAUCCCCAGCCGGUUCCGACCGCUCAUGGCGAUGCCAUGGCAGUACUGCGCCAUUGUCGAACAGGAAGUCAACGAUGGUUUCUCGCUGCUCUCAAUCAACGACAUUGACAAAACACUCAUUUUGCAAAGCGAGGCCAUGUGGAACAGUUUGGUCAUGGGUCUGAUCAAGGCCUCUCAAUGGGAGACGAUUGCAAAGAUCUUGCACAAGAUGGUCGACGAGAAAAUACGUAUCAAAGGAGAGCUUGUCAAGGACUUGAGCUCGUGUAUGCUCAAUUUCAAAAGAAGCAAUCGUUCCGUCGCCCAAGCUCUCCUCAGAUACCAGAGUAGAAUGAAAUUUGUCCAUCAUCCACGUAUCAACAACAUUUCAAUUUUGGCAUUCAAUUUGACCCAACAAUUCAGCAUUGCCAAAUCCAUUUACGAUCAUUCAAGCGUUAAAAACCUCAUGACCUAUCGUUUGGUGACCAUGUUGUUUUUGGACCAACUGUCUCAUGAAAAAUGCGAUCCUCAAACCACCGUCGACAUCAAUGUCUUUGAACAAUACAUUGGCUUUAAUAUUGGAUUUGGAACUGGCACUGAAUUAAACACCUUUGCUGAAAUCCUCAUUGAAUUUGCCACCCCAACAGAAUCUGAACGAAAAUCGAUUCUCUGUCAAUUCUUGGUCUCACAAAUAGUCAAUCGUGAAUGCGAACAAAAAACUCCAUUCUUUUUAAAGCUCAGAGAAUUGUCACCAACUGACAAUGGAUUCGACCUGCUUCAAGGAAUCAUUGCCUCUGAUGUUUUAUAUCCAGCUGGCACCUUUGACGCAGAGUCUGAAGAGUUUAUCAAGAUGCUUACAAAACCAAGAGCUCAAAUCAGAGAUAAAGCAGAACGACCUCAAUCAUUGACUGAAGUCAGCAAUUCAUUUAUCAAACUUUUCUUGGAUCAUACUUAUUUAAGAACCAUUAGAAUUAAAGAUUAA